ACACCGUGUUCCAUGCCUCUCCUCUGCCGGGGCCUCGUCAUUGAUGGGCAACCACUUGGACCGUAUCACCCAUCUCAGCUACAGCGAGCUGCCAACCGGCGAUCCGUCCGGAGUGGAGAAAGAGGAACUCAGGGUCGGCGUAGCCUACUUCUUCUCCGACGAAGAGGAAGAGGUGGAUGUUACUUAUUUGUAUAUAUUUUGUUUUGUCUGUCUUGUGUGUAUUCCAUCGAGGACCACGUUGGAAACAAGUGGCAUCGCUUUAACCCUCAAGCUACCAACAUAUUUUAACACAUUGAUUACCUUACUGGGGUCAAUUUUACCACGAGAAGAAACUAUUGGGGAAAAAAUCAUAGUAAAAUCAUACAAUCAUAGUAAAAUAUCAAUGUAUGUCUUAUCAAAACAUCCUUAGACAUAUGAUUCAUGUUAUCUGAAAUGACCAAAACAGACUGUUAUUUUAGCAAAAUUACAGGUCAUUUGCAUAUUUUGUCAAAUGAAAAUAUGCAUUUUUCCUUUUUAUGCAGCUUUUUCUCAAUGUACAAGCCACAUUAGUACUAAUAAGCUAAUUGACCAUCAUUAGUAUCAUUAAGUUUUCCGAAUUUUUCAGUAAAUAAUAAUUUUGUCAUAUUCAUGUGGUAAAAACUAUUGCCAUUUAAAGGGGCAUGUACACCAACAUUUGAAAUAUACUUAAUUUUACUGACAAAAAAAGGCUCAAUUCACUUCAAAAAGGGAUCCUGAGAGACCAAAAAAUAUGGCUUUGUUUUCUUUAUUUACCCAACAGCCAGCAUUUGCAUCGCUGUUAGUGAAACAAUAGAGGUGGUAGGGGCUAUGGCGGCAUUCUUCAAAAGCAUGUCCACAUCUUGUAAAUCACUUCAAACCCAAUUAUAUGUCACCCAAAAUAUCAUAACAAGUUGCACAUAUAUAAUAUUGGCGGAUAUUAUAGGAAUUCUGGUAUUUAUAUCACAUUUUCCUUGGAAUAACUAUUUUUCUGAGAAUAAACACCAAUACAGCAGUAUGUGUCCAUUCAGAGAGUAGCUGCUUUCUGUACUACAGUUCUACUAAUAAUUCAUACCACUGACAGCCUUUUAUGAGCUGUUUUGACUGCAACUAAGCAUAUAUCUAAGAUGAAUUAGAUUUGCACACAGUCAUACCCAGUUAUAACCAGUCAUACCCAGUUAUAACCAGUUAUAACCAGUUAUAACCAUAAGGUGCUCCAUCUCUCCAGAUGAUUUGUCUGGCUGGUCCAAAUCCCUGACCCGUAUCAUUUAUUAUUAUUAGCGUGUAUUGUUUUGUAUCGUUAGAUACUACUACACUGUUGGAGAUAGGAACACAAGCAUUUCUCUCCACCCGCAAUAACAUCUGCAAAAUAUGUGUACGCAACAAAUAACAUUUUAUUUCAUUUGAUUUAUUGGUGUGUAUUCUCUGAAAAGUAGUUAUUCUAAAACAUUUUAAAAAGUGUUUGAAUCCAGGUUUGUCUGGAGAUGUAAUACCACCCCCUGAGGAUAUGCAUAGCUUGAUAUUACGUCUCCAGACAAACCUGGAUUCAAAUACUUUUUUAAAUGUUUUAAGAAUAACUACUUUUCAGAGAAUACACACCAAUAAAUAAAAUAAAAUAAAAUGUUAUUGGUUGCGUACACAUAUUUUCCAGAUGUUAUUGCGGGUGGAGAGAAAUGCUUGUGUUGCAAUGUCCAACAGUGUAGUAGUAUCUAACGAUACAAAACAAUACACGCUAAUAAUAAAAAGAAAAUAAAAGAAAAUGUAGAAAUAUGAGAAUGAGCAAUUUCAGAGAAUACACUGAGUGGACAAAUCAUUAGGAACACCUGCUCUUUCCAUGACAUAGACUGACCAGGUGAAAGCUAUGAUCAUUUAUUGAUGUCACCUGUUAAAUCCACUUCAAUCAGUGUAGAUGAAGGGGAGGAGACAGGUUAAAGAAGGAUUUGGUUGUAUUUUUUAUUUUAUAUUUUUUUCUCACCAAUUGGUGAGAGCCAUGCAUCCUCCAUUCUUGUCCCAUCGCUGCAACUCCCCUAUGGACUCGGGAGAGGUGAAGGUCGAGAGCCAUGCAUUGUCCGAAACACGACCCUGCCAAGCCGCACUGCUUCUUGACACACUGCUCACUUAACCUGGAAGCCAGCCGCACCAAUGUGCCGGAGGAAACACCGUCCAGCUGGCGACCAAAGUCAGCUUGCAGGCACCCGGCCCGCCACAAGGAGUUGCUAGAAUGCGAUUGGACAAGGAAAUCCUGGCCGGCCAAACCCUCUCCCUAACCCGGAGGACGCUGGGCCAAUUGUGUGUCGUCUCCCGGUCACGGCCGGCUGUGACACAGCCUGGGAUCGAACCCAGGUCUGUAGUGACGCCUCAUGGGUCUCCCUGCGAUGCAGUGCCUUAGACCGUUGCACCACUCGGGAGGCCCUAAAGAAGGAUUUUUAAACCUUGAGACAAUUGAGACAUGGAUUGUGUGUGUGUGUCAUUCAGAGGGUGAAUGGGCAAGACAAAAUAUUUAAGAGCCUUUGAACGGGGUAUGGUGGUAGGUGCCAGGCGCACCGGUUUGUGUCAAGAACUGCAACGCUGCUGGGUUUUUCACGCUCAACAGUUUCCUGUGUGUAUCAAGAAUGGUCCACCACCCAAAGGACAUCCAGCCAACUUGAUACAACUGUGGGACGCAUUGGAGUCAACAUGGGCCAGCAUCCCUGUGGAACGCUUUCGACACCUUGUAGAGUAAAUGCCCCAAUGAAUUGAGGCUGUUCUGAGGGCAAACGGGGGUGCAACUCAAUAUUAGGAAGGUGUUCCUAAUGUUUUGUACACUCAGUGUAUAUGAUGGUGUGUAUAGACAAUAUGGACAGUAUAUGAAUAGAAAAGGUGUGUACAGCAGUAGUUAUAUAGGAUGAACCAUGACUAGAAUACAGUAUAUACAUGUGAAGUGGGUAAAACAGUAUCUAAACUUUAUUCAAGUGGCCAGUGUUCAAUCACUAUGUACAUAGGGCAGCAGUCUCUAAGGUGCAGGGUUGAGUAACCGGGUGGUAGCCGGCUAGUAACAGUGACUAAAGUUCAGGGCAGGGUACUGGGCAGAGGCCAGCUAGUGGUGACUAUUUAACUUUCCGAUGGCCUGGAGAAAGAAGCUGUUUUUCAGUCUCUCGGUCCCAGCUUUGAUGCACCUGUACUGUCUCCGCCUUCUAGAUGGUAGCGGGGUGAACAGGCCUUGGCUCGGGUGGCUGAGGUCCUUGAUGAUCUUCUUGGCCUUCCUGUGCUGUAGGUGUCCUGGAGGGCGGGUAGUUUGCCCCUGGUGAUGCGUUGGGCAGACCGCACCACCCUCUGGAGAGCCCUACGGUUGCGGACGGUGCAGUUUCCAUACCAGGCGGUGAUACAGCCCGACAGGAUGCUCUCAAUGGUACAUCUGUAAAGGUUUAUGAGGGUCUUAGGGGCCAAGACACAUUUCUUCAGCCUCUUCACCACACUGUCUGUGUGGAUGGACCAUUUCAGAUUGUCAAUGAUGUGCACGGCGAGGAACUUGAAGCUUUCCACCGUCUCCACUGUGGCCCCGUCAAUAUGGAUGGGGGCGUGCUCUCUCUGCUGUCUCCUGUUGUCCACGAUCAACUCCUCCGCUUUGUUGACGUUGAGGGGAGAGGUUAUUUUCCUGGCACCACUCCGCCAGGGCUCUCACCUCCUCCCUGUAGGCUGUCACGUCGUGGUUGGUAAUCAGGCUUACCACUGUUGUGUCGUCUGCAAAAUUUGAUGAUUUAGUUUGAGACGUGUGUGGCCACGUAGUCAUGGGUGAACAGGGAGUACAGGAGGGGGUUGAGCACACACCCUUGUGGAGCCCCCGUUCUGAGGAUCAGCAUUGAGGUGUUGUUGCAUGCCUUCACCACCUGGGGCCGGCUGGUCAGGAAGUCCAGGACCCAGUUGCACAGGGCAGGUUUCAGACCCAGGGCCCCGAGCUUAGUGAUGAGCUUGGAGGGUACUAUGGUGUUGAAGUCUGAGCUGUAGUCGAUGAACAGCAUUCUUACAUAGGUAUUCCUCUUGUCCAGAUGGGAUAGGGCAGUGUGCAGUGCGAUGGCGAUUGCAUAAUCUGUGGAUCUGUUGGGGCGGUAUGCAAAUUGUAGUGGGUCUAGGGUGUCAGGUAAGGUAGAGGUGAUAUGAUCCUUGACUAGCCUCUCAAAGCCCUUCAUGAUGACAGAGGUGAGUGCUACGGGGCGAUAGUCAUUUAGUUCAGUUACCUUCGCUUUCUUGGGUACAGGAACAAUGGUGGACAUCUUGAAGCAAGUGUGGACAGCAGACUGGGAUAGGGAGAGAUUGACUAUGUCCGUAAACACUCCAGCCAGCUGGUCUGCACAUGCUCCGAGGACUUGGCUAGAGAUGCCGGCUGGGUUAACACGCUAACAUUUCUUACUCAUGUCGGCAAUGGAGAAUGAGAGCUCACCUCCAAAGCGUGCAAAGAAGAUGUACAGUAUAGCUUGUCCGGGAGCAUGGCGUCGGUGUCCGCGACGUGGCUGGUUUUCCCGUCAUAAUCGGAGAUUGUCUGGAGUCCCUGCCACAUAUGUCUCGUGUCUGAGCCGUUGAAUUGCGACUCCACUUUGUCUCUGUACUGAUGUUUUGCCUGAUUGAUUGCCUUACGGAGGGUAAAGCAGGGCCGUUUUUUACUAGUCCAUGUUCCCAGUCACCUUGCCGUGGUUAAAUGCGCUGGUUCGCACAUUCAGUUUUGCGCGAAUGCUGCCAUCUAUCCACGGUUUUUGUUUUGCAUAAGUCCUAUUCAUCACAGUGGGAACAACAUCCUCUAUGCACUUCCUGAUGAACUCAAUCACUGAGUCGGUAUAUACGCCAAUGUUAUUCCAGAUGCAGCCCAGUCCGUGUGAUCAAAACAAUCUUGAAGCAUUGAUUCUGAUUGGUCAGAUCAACAUUGAACAGUCCUUACCAAGGGUACUUCCUGUUUAAGUUUCUGCCUAUAGGAAGUCCAAAUAUUAAGUUAUAUUAAGUUCUGCUUUUCUGAUGUAUCAAAUACUUAUGUCAUGCAAUAAAAUGCAAAUUAAUUACUUAAAAAUCAUACAAUGUGAUUUCCUGGAUAUUUGUUUUAGAUUCCGUCUCUCACAGUUGAAGUGUACCUAUGAUAAAAAUUACAGAUCUCUAAAUGCUUUGUAAGUAGGAAAACCUGCAAAAUCGGCAGUGUAUCAAAUACUUGUUCUCCCCACUGUAUGUAGGGAAAAGUCAGUUAUGAAUUAUUCUGUCUUGGUUAAAAACAAUUUGUCAUCCAGUAGGCUUUGAUUACAUUUCCUAUAUACUCGCCGGAAAUUCUGUAAGAGUAAUGUGUAUACCAAUUAUUUGAUGGUCUGACCGCAUUCUGUCCCCUAUCAAUAUUCUUUUUACUUUUGGUGCCAGCUAAAAUGACAUAAGAAAGUAGACAAGACGACUAGCUUGAUUGAGCCUCCGCCAUGUAUAUCUCACUAAGUCAGGAUAUUUAAGCCUCCAUAUACAGUGAUAUACAAUUCUAACAUUAACCCUGUAGUGGAGGGCUAAAGGACUGUGUUAUUCUGAGGUUACUGGUUCGGUUUGGGUGUGUUCGCCUCCAGGCGUCAGUCAGAUGAUGGCAAGACACAGUUACCGGUGGUUACUUGUAGUUUACUUGGAGGAAUAACAGUAUAUACAGUGCAUUCAGAAAGUAUUCAGACACCUUCCUCUUUUCCACAUUUUGUUACGUUACAGCCUUAUUCUAAAAUGGAUUUUGUCAUCAAUGUAUUAAAAAUAAAAAACAGAAAUACCUUAUUACAGCUUAUUUACAUAAGUAUUCAGACCCUUUGCUAAUUGAGCUCAGGUGCAUCCUGUUAUCAUUGAUCAUCCUUGAGAUGUUUCUACAACUCGAUUGGAGUUCACCUGUGGUAAAUUCAAUUGAUUGGACAUGAUUUGGAAAGGCACACACCUGUCUAUAUAAGGUCCCUGAGUUGACAGUGCAUGUCAGAGCAAAAACCAAGCCAUGAGGUCGAAGGAAUUGUCCGUAGAGCUCCAAGACAGGAUUGUGUCGAGGCACAGAUCUGGGGAAGGGUACCACAAAAUGUCUGCAGCAUUGAAGGUCCCCAAGACCAAAGUGGCCUCCAUAAUUCUUAAAUGGAAGAAGUUUGGAACCACCAAGACUCUUCCUAGAGCUGGUCGGCCGGCCAAACUGAGCAAUUGGGGGAGAAGGGCCUUGGUCAGGGAGGUGACCAAGAACCCGAUGGUCACUCUGACAGAGCUCCAGAGUUCCUCUGUGGAGAUGGGAAAACCUUCCAGAAGAACAACCAUCUCUGCAGCACUCCACCAAUCAGGCCUUUAUGGUAGAGUGGCCAGACGGAAGCCACUCCUCAGUAAAAGGCACAUGACAGCCCACUUGGAGUUUGCCAAAAGGCACCUAAAUGACUCUCAGACCAUGAGAAACAAGAUUCUCUGGUCUGAUGAAACCAAGAUUGAACUCUUUGGCCUGAAUACCAAGCGUCACGUCUGGAGGAAACCUGGUACCAUCCCUACGGUGAAGCAUGGUGGUGACAGCAUCAUGCUGUGGGGAUGUUUUUCAGCGUCAGGGACUGGGAGACUAGUCAGGAUCGAGGGAAAGAUGAACGGAGCAAAGUACAGAGAGAUCCUUGAUGAAAACCUGCUCCAGAGCGCUCAGGACCUCAGACUGGGGCGAAGGUUUACCUUCCAACAGGACAACGACCCUAAGCACACAGCCAAGACAACGCAAGAGUGGCUUAGGGACAAGCCUCUGAAUAUCCUUGAGUGGCACAGCCAAAGCACGGAUUUGAACCCGAUCGAACAUCUCUGGAGAGACCUGAAAAUAGCUGUGCAUCAACGCUCCCCAUCCAACCUGACAGAGCUUGAGAGGAUCUGCAGAGAAGAAUGGGAGAAACUCCCCAAAUACAGGUGUGCCAAGCUUGUAGCGUUAUACCCAAGAAGACUCGAGGCUGUAAUCGCUGCCAAAGGUGCUUCAACAAAGUACUGAGUAAAGGGUCUGAAUAUUUUUGAAAAAACUGUUUUCUUUGUCAUUAUGGGGUAUUGUGUGUAGAACAAAACUAUUUUAUCCAUUUUAGAAUAAGGUUAUAACGUAACAAAAUGUGGAAAAAGUCAAGGGAUCUGAAUACUUUCUGAAUGCACUUUAUCUAUAAUAUUAGUAAAUUCCUUAAGUGCAUGAGGGUGAUAGUUUGUAGUGUGAUUUCCUUUACGGUCCAUUGAGGUACUUAAAACCAUAUUAUAUAAUCUCUCACCAUAAUAAUUGGCUGCUCCAAGACAUCUCCGACAGAGCAGACGAAUACGGAGUGGGCUUUUAGUCCGACUCAGGAGACGUGCAUACCAUCCACUGCUUACCAUCCACUGCAUACCAUCCACUGCAUACCAUUCACUGCAUACCAUCCACUGCAUACCAUCCACUGCAUACCAUCCACUGCAUUCCAUCCACUGCAUACCAUCCACUGCUUACCAUCCACUGCUUACCAUCCACUGCAUACCAUCCACUGCAUACCAUCCACUGCAUACCAUCCACUGCAUUCCAUCCACUGCAUACCAUCCACUGCUUACCAUCCACUGCAUACCAUCCACUGCAUACCAUCCACUGCAUACCAUCCACUGCAUACCAUCCACUGCAUACCAUCCACUGCAUACCAUCCACUGCUUCUGAGUAUUUUACUCACUAAUGUUCAGUCCAUGGACAAUAAAGUAGACGAGCUCAGGGCAAGGAUUAUUAUUAUAUUAUAUUAUAUUAUAUUAUAUUAUAAGGAUCUCUUUCCAGAGAGACGUCAGGGACCGUAACAUACUGUGUUUCGCGGAAUCAUAGCUCUCUCCGGAUAUACUGUCCCCGUCCAUACAGUCAGCUGGGUUCUCAGUACAUCGCACGCCGGAUAUACUGUCCCCGUCCAUACAGUCAGCUGGGUUCUCAGUACAUCGCUCUCCGGAUAUACUGUCCCCGUCCAUACAGUCAGCUGGGUUCUCAGUACAUCGCACGCCGGAUAUACUGUCCCCGUCCAUACAGUCAGCUGGGUUCUCAGUACAUCGCGCGGACAAGAAAAAAUAACUCUCCGGUAAGAAGAAAGGCGGUGGUGUAUGUUUCAUGAUUAACUACUCAUGGUGUGAUUGUGGUAACAUACAGCAACUCAAGUCCUUUUGUUCUCACGAUCUGGAAUACCUCACUAUCAAAUGCCAACUGCAUUACCUCCCAAGAGAAUUCUCUUCUGUCAUCGUCACGGCCGUGUAUAUUUCUCCUCUACACCAAUCUGUGUAUCUGAGUUCUGUGUUGCAGUUCUAUCAAGUAUUUAUACCAGUGGCAGACUAUCUUUACCAUUGGCAGAUUUUUAUAUGCACAUAAGGUAAUUUUGGUUUUGUACACAGUCAUACGAUACGUGGUAUGGGAAAGUCCAAUCUCGGGUGAGUCCAUGGGGAGCGAUAUCUCUCCAGAUAAUCAGUCUAUCUGGUCUAAAUCACUGAUACAUGUUCCCCUCCACCCUCUGAUGAUAUGGAUAACUUGUUAUUACAUCUCCAGAGAAACCUAGGUUCAAAUAAAGCUCCUAUUUAUCAAAUUACUAAAGGCGAGAAUUAGGUGUUUUUGGUUGGGGUCAAAAUGACCCCAAAUUACUUACAUUUGUAAAAAGUCCAUAUUGAAAUACAAAGUCUAAAUAAUGAUUUAUUUGAAGAAUUGAAUAAACUACCUUUAGCCUAUGAUAAAACAAAUGCCUCUGGGGUCAAAAUGACCCCGGUUGGUAGCUUGAGGGGUUUUGUAUCCCUGGGCUACUCAGGCUACCAUUAUGUCAGAUCGUGAAAUGCACGUUUAAAUACAUUUUUACCUGGCCAAAUUAUUAGAUGGCCUUCCAAAAAAUACUCUUUUUUUUUUUACGCACUGAAAAAAUCAUCGUGGACCAGAUUGACGAGCUCUCCCCACUAUGUAUUUUUUCUGCAAUGAGGAUUCACCCUCUUAGGAGAAUCAUUUGUAACGUAUCUGCAGAAACACGUUGUUUUGAGCAACAACAAAAAAAACAGUAUAGCAAUCUGCCAAUCAGGGGGAGCCAAAUGAACGGCUCUUUCACCGAUGUGAUUCGGUUCCCGACGUUCACCAAAAAGAUCAGUUCAAAAAGAGCCGUUCAUUCGCGAACGACCCAUCACAAAUGACAAAUAAACUUUGAUUUGAUUUGCCUGCUAUUUGUGACUGCUGAUGUAAAAAAAGGGCUCUCUAAAAUACAUUUGAUUGAUUGAUUUGAUUGAAAAUACAUUUGAUUGAAAAUACAUUUGAUUGAAAAUACAUUUGAUUGAAAAUACAUUUGAUUGAUUGAUGAUUUGAUUCUAGGUGGACGACGGAGGAGGAGGAGGAGGCGGUUACAUCAAGGACCCUUGCCCCAGCCAGGAGGGCCCCGGGGCGGUCAGCGAGCUGGAGUACUCCGCCUUCUGCUCCCAGGAAUGCAUCUUCUCCAAGCUCCGCGAAAACCAGGACUUGAAUGUGUACUCCGCCAAAACGUUGCUCUCCAUGUGCUCUCCAGGGGACCUUGUGGAGCUAGUAUCCACCUCCCAGGCACCUCACUGGGCUGUGUACGAGCUCAACGACCAGGUGAUACACCUGCAUGAGGGGGAGAUACGGAAGGACAGCCUGACUGAGAUAGGACAGGGCCGGCACGGACGGAUAGUGAACAGCCGCUACCGCUUCCGACCGCUGCCCUCCGACCUGGUUGUGCAGAACGCCGCCGAGCACCUCGGCCUGAACAGCGGGGAGAUCUGCUGGACCAACUCAGAGAGCUUCGCCGCUUGGUGCCGCUUCGGGAAGCGGGAGUUUAAGAAGGGAGGCGAGGCACACUCGGCGCAGCAGCAGUACUUUCUCAAAGUGCACUUUGGCGCCGGAACUCGGAGUGGACACGCACACACGCUGGUGUUCCGUAGCCUCGAAGACAUGAUCUGGGAGCGCAGGCGCGUGGACGCCAGCGGGAUUCUGAAGGAGUUGUCUUUAGGGGUCAAUGGUGGGAAGGAGUGAUUGAUUUUGGAAUUCUAAUUGAAAUGAUAGCCUGUUCCUCUCUCUUCUCCUCAUAUAUACACA